AUUAUGAGAUGAUCCUGGAGACGACACUCCAGCUGAAGGUUGGUGCGUGACGUCAGCGCCAUCUCCAUUUAUGGUGUUUUUCUUCUUACAUGAAACCAUCAAGUCACGCUUCAGUUCCAGGCGCUGAAAAAAAAUCUACACCUAGUGGAAAAAUGAAUGUGGAACAUGAAGUCACACUCCUUGUGAAUGAGAUUCAGAGACUGGGCAGCAAAAAUGCAGAUGGUAAAAUCAGUGUCAAAUUCGGUGUUCUGUUCAACGAUGACAAGUGUGCCAAUCUCUUCGAGGCACUCGUUGGAACAUUGAAAGCAGCCAAGCGAAAGAAGAUCAUCACAUUUCAGGGCGAGCUCUUACUACAAGGAGUUCAUGACAAUGUUGAUGUUAUUUUACUGUCGGAAUGAACCGAAAACUGCUUUUUGUAUACUUUUGUAUACGGUUCUGCUGAGGGGAAUGAGCGCUUUUUGACCAAACACCUUGUUUCGAAAGAGCAACGGCACUAUUCUGUUAUUUAAUUUUUUUCCAAGUAGUCUUGAAAUCAAUAUAAAUUAUUUUCUGAUAUUUUGUAAAAGACCUAGCCAAGGACUUUCCAGUGCAAUAUUAUUACUGUGAAACUGGCUAUCAGAUUUUUUUUGUUUGGUCAUAAGUGUAUUAUUUGUGACUUCUAGGUAAUUGAGACAAUUGUCAUAUUGAGUACUUGAAAUUUUUUUUGUUUGUUUUUUUUUUUUACAUUGACGCUUUAACCUAGACUCUUUAAUGAUUUAUGACAAGAUUAUAGCACAAAUUUUAUAAGAACUACUGUAUUGAUGAAACUAAAAGUAUCUCAGGCAUAACAUUUUGGUGCUGGUUUAAUUCUGAAUAAACUUUCAUUUGGUCAAA